GUUAAAGAAACUGGCAUCUCUGAUAAUCACUCACGGGGUGAAGUUAUUUCAUAAUCAAAAUAAAAACAAAAUCCUAAACCGGCUGCUGCAGAAGUGCGGAGUGGUAACAAACUAUGGCAUUAUUACAUAAAACUCAAAGUGAAAUACCGCAAGAUGCGGUGAAAUUAACCGAGGAGCAAGCGGUUAUAUAUUUUACGAGAUUGGUUGAAAAAUGGGACAACAAAUGGGAGAUAUGGCCACUAGAGUACACACCUGGAAUACUGGGAGCAACAACGGUCGUAUCCAGUGUCUACAUAAACCACCACUUCCGAACAAAGCUGAAACUGGGCACAUUUGGCCGGCUAUCCAGUUACGUACCAGCUGUGAUUUUACCUGCUAUAAUGUCUACCUUUUUUCACAAGUUCUUCAUAGUGCCUAGAAUAAUUCUCAACAGACGGCAGUGCCCGGUUUGUAUUCAAACGAGGGCAGGUAUGAUUCAGGCUGGCUUUAGUACCGUCUAUCCGAUGCUUCUGGCACCAAUGUCUGCCUUCAUGUUUGCCACACGUCAUUUUACGUUUCGGUUACCUUCAAUCACCGAACAGCCUCGGGAGGUUUUGAAGCUGUACCAGAAACUUUCUCGGCCUAUUACUAUGGCCGUAACCAUAAUGCUGGCGUUCAACAUGUUGCUUUCGAUGUUUUUAACCAGCAAAGAAUUCGAGUCCGUUCAUAGGAUCAAUUUAAAACUGAUGCAAAUAGAGAAAGAUUUGGAUGCUGAAAGUUGGGAUAAGAGUUUCUAGUUCUAAUGCAUUGAUUAGAUUUCUAGUGUGGUACUAUUGUUUAUA